AAUAUUUUCAAAAUCAAUAACCAAUUACAGAAAAGUGUUCCAGUAUUCCUUUUCCGGGCAAACUUAUGGCGCUUCCAGGAAACAUCAAUCGAACUUGUUUGAGUAUCUUUCUUGUACUAGUUUUCUCUCACAUUGCGGCCUCUCAAACCAUUGUGGAGACUCUUCCAGGAUAUCCCGGAAAGCUUCCCUUCAAGCUUGAAACUGGAUAUGUUGGAGUAGGAGAGACGGACGAAGUGCAGUUUUUUUACUACUACAUUGAAUCCGAGAGAGACCCACGGAUUGACCCUCUUUUGCUCUGGCUUACUGGAGGACCUGGAUGUUCUGGCUUCUCUGCAAUUGCUUUUGAAAUUGGUCCAGUGGGUAUUAAUACUACAAGUUUUACUGGGGGUUUACCAAGUCUUAAGCUAAACCCAUACUCAUGGACCAAGGUGGCCAGCAUAAUAUUCAUAGAUGCACCAGUUGGAACUGGAUUUUCAUAUUCAACCACUGUUGAAGGUGCCAACACUUCUGACACCAAAAAUGCAGCCCAAAUUUAUACUUUCUUAAGAAAGUGGCUGUAUCAACAUCCCGAAUUCAUUGGACAUGAAACCUACAUUGGUGGAGAUUCAUAUUCAGGCAUAACUGCUCCAAUACUGGUGACAGAUAUACUCAAAGGUCUUGAAGCUGACGUCCAUCCAAUCAUUGAUCUCCAGGGAUACAUACUCGGAAAUCCGGUGACAGACAAUUACAUUGAUAACAAUGAAAGGAUACCAUACAUUCACCGGGUGUCGCUUAUCUCUGACGCCUACUAUGAGGCAGCCAAAUUGCAGUGUCACGGUGACUAUGUCAACAUAGAAUAUAACAAUACAUUAUGUGUGACAGCUAUGCAAAAUAUCAAAGAGUGCAUUCUGCAAAUAAAGCUCACACAAAUCCUGGAACCUCAAUGUGCUUUCACAAAACCGAAAGAACCACAGUGGGAUGUGAGAUCUCAGGAAGCAAACACCCUGGAGUACCUCAAGGCUAAAAGGCUUCCGGAAUUGAAGUGCAGGGAAUUCGCUUAUGCACUCUCCUAUAAAUAUAUGAAUGAUAAAUCUGUUCAGAAAGCUCUCAAUGUUCGAGAGGGAACUGUAAAAAAUUGGGCCAGAUGCCUGAAAGACUUCCCAACCUACACAGAAAACAUUGAUAGCACUAUUGACUAUCACAAAAAUCUUUCAACCACUGGCAUGCGAGCUUUGAUAUACAGUGGAGAUCAUGACAUUUCUGUUCCAUACUUGGCUACAAUAGAAUGGAUAAGGCUUCUCGACGUACCUAUUUUCGAUCAAUGGCGACCAUGGUACGUUGAUGGCCAAGUCGCAGGAUACCAAUCCAAGUAUAUGAAUGAUAACUACCGGUUGACUUAUGUGACAUUAAAAGGUGCAGGUCACACGGCUCCAGAGUUUAAGCCAAAACAAGCUCUAGCAAUGGUUGACAGGUUCUUCGCUCGUUAUCCCAUCUAAGUGAUUAUUGCAACAUAAUCAAGUUUGCAGAGUCUAUUCAGAAUCAGUUCUUUGUUGUUUAUUAAUGUAAUCAGAGCAUUCUGUAACAACACUAGUAAUUUUCUACUAAGACAAAUAAGAUUCAGUACAA